GCCGGGAAAAGUAUUUGCGACUUGGCCGAUACCGCCAACUUAGUUGCCUACUAUCGCGCAUUGCUAGCGAUGAGCAAGUCGAAGGAAGCGGCUGCAAGCAGCAUUAUUUUGAAAUAUCUCAAUGAUCAGAACAGACCUUACAGCACCCAGGAUGUGUUCAGUAACCUGCAAAGGGAUCACGGUCUAGGAAAAACGGCAGUGGUCAAGGCCAUGGAGUCGCUGGCUCAAAAAGGGAAGAUCAAGGAGAAGGUUUAUGGAAAACAGAAAAUCUACUUUGCAGAUCAGGAGCAGUUUCCAAACGUAAGUGACUCUGAGCUUAAGAAUCUGGAUGCUGAAAUCACAGAACUUUCCAGCAGACUUCAGAGUUCUCAACAGAGCUGCCGUCAGCUGGAGUCAGAACUAAAAGAUUUGAGCAGCUCCUUAACCACAGAAGAGAUGCUAAAAGAAAUUUCCUGCCUAAAGGAAGAAUGUGACAGACAUGAGCUUAAACUGACAAAUAUAAAGUCUUCCACUAAUCAUGUCUCUCCUGAGGAAAAAGAAAAGGUCUACAGUGAUCGAAAGCACUUCUGUAAAGAAUGGAAAAAGAGAAAACGAAUGGCAACCGACAUUUUUGAUGCAGUUCUUGAAGGAUAUCCCAAAAGCAAGAAGCAGUUCUUUGAGGAAGUCGGCAUAGAGACAGAUGAAGACUGCAGUGUGACAGUGCCAGAUGCAUGACCUUCACAUCAUUUGGACAGUCUGAACAAAGUUGUAGCUGAAAUGAUUCAGAGUCUAUAAGACACUUCUCUGUUUACCAAUGCAGACUGGAAACUGGAUUAAUGCACAAGGACAUUUAUUCUUCCUGAUCCUUACUGCACAGUUUUGCCCAGAUAGUUGGAUUGGCAGCUUGCAAGCAGGGAGAUUAGUUUGGCUGUCGCCCGCGAAGACAAAAGAACUGGUUGAAUGUUAUACUUCAAAUGCCUGGUCUGAAAUUACUUUGUGUGCUGUAUCACAGAGAAAGCUGUUUAUUUUAUUUUUUGUCAUCACUCAGAAGGGAAAGUUACCUGUUUCAUUUAAAAAAAUGUAUAUAGCUGUUUUAGACCUAGCAAAUUGUGAAGGAAGGGCUGAAAUAGACUAUUAAAUACUCUUUCAAAUA